UCAAUGUACCAUAAACGGCGACAAUGAAGGCUCAUAUACGUGCCAUAUUAACACACACUCCCGGACAUUAUUGAUGGGCAGCAUAAAGGCAACCUCUCUCUGUAUCAGAGUACCGUACGAGUGUGGGAGCAACUUGAAAUGUAAAAUGCCUUCAUCUCCUGUAGCACUACGUUAACCAGAAUUCUCUGCGCUCACGUGGUGGCCCCUUCCGACUAAGGUCAAAACAAAACCGGUAACUGAAAGACAGACAACGCGUGUGGACACACUGUGCCUCUGAUGGCUGGUCGACUCCUCAAAGUCUCCUCUCUGGCCACAGCAGUGUUUGCCUCCUCCGGGUUUUACCUCUACACCAGACAGCUGGACCUCAACGACCUCAGCGUGAUCCGCUUUGGACGAGCCGCAGCAGCCACGGCGGUCAUCAGCUACGACUACCUGACUGCUUUCAAACAUGUGGAAUACGGCACAGAGGAGUACUGGGCGCUCAAGUCCAAGGUGCAUCUGCGGUCGGCAGAGCGUCUCCGAGACUUGUGCUGUGCCAACCGGGGUACUUUCAUCAAGGUGGGCCAGCACCUGGGCGCUCUGGACUACCUGCUGCCCGAGGAGUACACGUCCACACUGAAGGUGCUCCACAGCCGAGCUCCUCAGAGCACCAUGGAGGAGAUCCAGCAGGUCAUCAGAGAAGACCUCGGCAAGGAGCUGUCAGAGUUAUUUGUCUCCUUUGAGGAGAAGCCUCAGGGUGCAGCCUCCUUAGCCCAGGUCCACAAGGCAGUGCUGCAUGAUGGGAGGACAGUGGCCGUCAAAGUCCAACACCCCAAAGUCCAGAGACAGAGCUCCAAGGACAUAGCGGUGAUAGAAGUGUUGUUGAGGGCCGUCCAUUGGCUCUUCCCAGACUUUGCCUUCAUGUGGUUGGUGGAGGAGGCCAAGAAGAACAUGCCGCUGGAGCUAGACUUCCUUAAUGAGGGACGCAAUGCUGAGAAGGUGACCAAAAUGUUGGCCCACUUCCCCUUUCUCAAGGUUCCUGUUAUCCACUGGCACCUGUCCACAAAGAGGAUCCUGACCAUGGAGUUUGCUGAGGGGGGGCAGGUCAACGACCGGGACUACAUGAAGAAACACGGCAUCAGUGUCAACGAGAUCUCGGAGAGCCUGGGUAAGAUGUACAGUGAAAUGAUCUUCGUCCACGGCUUUGUUCACUGUGACCCGCACCCGGGCAACGUGCUGGUCCGAAAGUGUCCCCAGAGCAAGAAGACCGAGAUUGUCCUGCUCGAUCAUGGCCUUUAUCAGGUCCUGCAGCCAGACUUCAGGUUGGACUACUGUCGGCUGUGGCAGGCUCUGAUUAAAGGUGACAUGCCUGGGGUGGAGCGUUACAGCCGCAGACUGGGAGCUGGAGCUCUGUACCCGCUGUUUGCCUGCGUGCUCACCGCUCGCUCCUGGACCGCCGUCAAUGCUGGCAUCAGUUCUGUGCCUGUCACACACUCUGAGGACGUGGAGAUACGGACCAAUGCAAGUCUCUAUCUGCCCCAGAUCAGCGAGCUGUUGAACCGAGUGCCCCGUCAGAUGCUGCUGCUGCUGAAGACCAAUGACUUGCUGAGGGGCAUUGAAACCACCUUACAGACCAGAGCCUCCUCCUCGUCCUUCAUCAACAUGUCCCGCUGCUGCAUACGCGCCAUGGCCAGGCACAAGCGGAGCAAGGCCCAGUCCAGGAGGAGGCGUCUGCAGAUCACGCUGGCAGAGUCUCUCAGCCUGUGGAGGCUCUAUAUGUACGAACUGUUUCUGUGGACGAAGGGCUCCAUGCUGGUGCACUGGCUCACUGCUCUGCUGUCGUAUCUGCACUGACACAUCUGGAUGGACAUUGCACUGGAACAUUAACAACAGGCUACACUGUUGGCUCUGUAAACUUCCACAUGACACCAUUUGUGACUCUGUGGAUACAUACAAGGACACAAGAUGCUGAUGUCUUUGGACAGCGGGAGCAGAUGUGGCUGCUGAUAUUUUUUUUGGCCUUUUACCUCAGGAUCACAACUUACUAUAUGUCCAAUCGGCAGUGUUGAGGUCAACUAUUUUCUCACGAUUGUGACAUCAUUUUCUUUACUCAAGAUAUAUACUUUUCUGUUUCACUUGUUUUAUUUAAGGCUAUUAUUGUCAGAUGAUUUUUCUCAUAAAAGUGAGAUUGACUUGAGCCAUUACUGUAUACACAGUAUUCAGACCAUGCAUGUACUAGUGUUUUUAUAUGGGAGUUUUAGAGGUGAUAGCUGGUAUAUUUCAAAGAGACAGAGGACAGAGCCAAGCUGGCUGGCUGGUUUCCCCCUGCUUUCACUCUUUAUGCUAAGCUAAGCUAACCACACAUGACUCCAUCUUUCUUUUCCAUCUAUUUAACACGCAGACCUGAGAUUGAUAUCUUUUUCAGAAAAAAAAAAAAAUACGCACAAUUCCCAAAAUGCUGAAGAAUUCCUUGCAACCAUGAGAAGACUGUUUGACAUCCCAGAAUGAUGAUACGAGUGUAAUCAGUUCCCUUAUUAACUGUCAGAUUAUGAAAUUUAAUAGUCAUGAAUUUUGAUUAAAAGUAAAUUAUUGUGUGCAACCUUUAACCAGGUACAUAGUAGAUCUCAAACACUUGACAGCCAUGUAUAAUCUUAAACAUAAUGCUGUAUAGGCAGCCCUAAAUACCAUCAGACAAUUCCCUUCAACACACAGAAAAAAACUGUGAUGCAGCAAUGAGGAACCAGAUCACUCAUAGGCAUUUUCCUGCAACAGGGAACCAGCUCUGUUCUGGUUUGCACACCUAGUUCUGAACCGUUCCGAGCAUUUCAACCAAAAAUAAAUUGGUGUGGAACCUGAAAAGCUGGUUCCCUGCUUGAACCAAAAAAUAGCAGGUUUUCCAUGGGAACCAAAGUGGGUGUGUCAUAUUCUACAGGUCGUUGUGCAUUGUGUAGCGUCCUCUGUUGAUGAUGCAUCCAAUUACAAUGGUUCCCCUCAGGGGCUGGUAAGCUAAAUAGCACCAAGGUUCCAAGAAUCUGGAACAGAACCGGUUAAUGAACUGGAGCUAUUUUGGUGGAAAACACAUUUAAUAACAUAGCCAGACAGGGAAGUAAGUCAUACACAAAGACAGGUAUCCAGUCCAGGUUCGGAGUGCAAUGAUCUGUUUGUGUAACUGUCAUAAUAAUAAUAAUAAUAAUAAUAAUAAUAAUAAUAUUAUUAUUAUUAUUAUUAUUAUUAUUAUUAUUAUAGGUGUUAUUUUGGUAGGCUGUGCGUUACAACCCCACAGCGACCGUAAUUUGUAUAAACUUUAACGCAACUGAUAGUGCAGCUCUACAGAAAAGCUUCCACUCUCUGGCUUGUUUACUUAGUUUAAAUCAUCUCUUUUUUCAGAAAGUGGCUUAAAUUCUGUAUUUCCCUCUUCUCGUCUUUGUACUGUUGUCACCACAGUUCUCGUGUGGUUUGCUGAUUUGAAUGAAAGUCAAAAGUCUUUUUGCAGUCAUAGUGGGAAGCUCUCGAAAACUUUCACAAAGAUUGAAGGCUUGACUUUAUAGCAGCAGUCAAAAGUAUGUUGCUUGGUUACAGUAAUAGGAUGAAAACACACAAAUACAGCAGAGCAAAGUGACAAAUCUGUAUGAAGCAUUACGGUAAAGUGUGCUUCUUUGGUCUAUGUGAAGCUGCCUGGAAUCAGUCAGUUGUUUUUUAAAAACUGUUGUGCCACAGCUCUACAGUCUAUGGGCCUACCUGCUGUAUCACAGUGCUUUGCCACAUUAGAGAGCAGUGUUGUAGCAGCAGUUGAGAGUAAUGUCAAAAGGAUUUGCUGAUGGGUCUAAAUUCACUCCCUGUUUGCUACCUAAUGCACAAUAUUUACCGCUCGCUUUUAUUUGUCAGAAAGUGUCAAAUGAUUGCACUGUAGUGUUCUAAAAACUCCCACACUGGAACAAAAAAUGUACUGUCCAUUGCAUGCUUACAAUCUCACAAUGCAGUGCUUCUCCUGAUACAUGUGUAAUGUAUUGUUAUGUAACCCUACACCUGUCUGCAAUGAUGCAAAAUGUGAAAUAGAGACAGAGUGAACUACAGAGUGUUAACCAUGUAGGGCGGAGCAAGGGAGGUAUUUCAGAUUUCAGACACAGCACCAGCGUUAGACAAAUAACAAACCUGCUCUUCAUCACUGCCUCUAUCUUCUAUACUUCUGUUUCUGCAAUAUCCUCUCUGAAUGAUGUGUUUUUGUGUAAAACAACCAAGAAGUAAAGAAAGUGGAGAUGUCGAAGGAUGCCUUUUGCCCCUGCUGCUUCCAGUCUUUAACUUGGCUUUAUGUAAUCUUGUGCACUGCAACCCACAUUUCUGAACGUAUGCAACGGUUGUGGAUAAAUAACAUGAAAAAAUAUAUGUCUGUUCCGGAUAGGCCAACACAUCCAACCUUACUAAUCUCAGAGGCCAUAUCUCUUCUCCCUGUGGAAUAAAUAAUGUAUGAGCGCACCAGUAAGCGCCCCAAAACACUACCAUGAUAUCGAUAGCUUUAACUAUUUGCUUUCUAUUUCCUCUGGUAAAAUUGACCUUAAAUCUUUGUUAAGAUGGUGACAUGUUACCAUUUCUGUUUUUUGGCGGCAUUAGAUCCAGCCACUUCCUGCGAGUUGGAAUAAUAACAAAAUGGUUGCAUGUUUCAUCAUUUUAUAACAAAUUAAUUAAAAGGAACAUGUAAGAAAUCAAGUGUAUAAUGACAUUUAUUGCAUCCCUGUUUUAUCUGCCGACAUAUUGGACGAGUCAAAGGCUGUGUAGACCCUAACCCUAACCUCAGAAGUUCACUGUUGGAAAUCACUGCUGUUUUUCAUGCCAAUGUUUCUCACUACUGCCCCUGAAAGUCCACACUUUGCUUUAUGCUAACAACCAAAACAGAAUAGUUGAAUACCUAGUGUAAACUUUAUAGAAUUGGUAUGUAGGGUGGCACAAAGCGAUAUAUUAUCGUUAUCACAAUAUGUGCAAUAAGUGCAAUUUCCAAAUCACAGAAGCUGCAGUUCUUUGAUGAAGGUCAAAUGUGUGACAAACAGCAUUAUAAUGAAGAACUGUAGUUCUUAAGAGACGCCCUGGCCUACAAAUCUUGUUCUCAACAAAUGUCACAUCAGGAUUCUAAUUUUUUCAGUGAAAAUUAAAUUUGUGAUGCAAAAACUAAUUGUGAAUCAUAUCGCAAUAUCUGUCAAAAUAAUUGCAAUAAGACUUUUUUUGCAGUCUUAUUAGUAUGUAGUAUGGAAUUGGGAUGUAGCAGAAAGGAAGGGAAAAGACCUUGGAAGGAGAAGAAGGUGAUAAAUGAGACCUGCAAGACAGGCGAAAAGAAUCUAAAACAGAAUGGAGGUGAACAGACAAGAGAACGAGUACGAGUGGUUAAAAAUGAAAUAUCUGAGGUGUAGUGAAGUACAGGAGAAUGUGAUGGAGUGGCAGAUUGGAUUGCUCAGAUCUUCCAUUAAACUUCCUUUUAAAUCCC